GAAAGUUUCACUGCGCUAUCUCUCACUGCGUUUUAUCGUGAUGCUGUUUUAAUACAAUCUAUUAGAAAUUUAAAUACAGUUUUUUGAAUCAGAUCAAUAAAUAGCUGUAGUACCGUUAUUGUCAUAGUUGUGAUUAAGUUUUCAAGCAGGCAGGAAUAUCUGGAGGAGAAUGAACUGAGAUCUGCUGCUGUGAAGAUGGUGUUUAUUAAAGAAGAGAGUGAGGAGAACAUGAGUGAACCAGAACCCUGGAGAAUAAAACAAGAGGAACCAGAAACCUGGAGGAUAAAACAUGAAGAAAAAGGAGAGUCUAUUGAAGAAAUUAAGGAGAACAAAGAAAUAAAUGAAGUUGAGGAGAAAAAUGACAAAACUGGAGAAAAACCUUUGAGUUGCUUUCAAACCAAACAGAAAGAUGUAAAGAAGAGAAGAGCCAAGAAAUCUUUCACCUGCACUCAGUGUGGAAAGACUUUGACAACCAAAUAUAGUCUUAAUGUUCACAUGAGAAUUCACAAUGGAGAGAAACCGUACGCAUGUGAUCAGUGCGGAAAGAGUUUCACACUAAAAGUACACCUUACGGGGCAUAUAAGAGUUCAUACUGGAGAGAAACCAUUUGCUUGUGAUCAGUGUGGGAAGAGUUUCUCACACUCAGCAAACCUUAAGAAACACAUGAACAUCCAUACUAGAGAGAAACCGCACACAUGCGCUCAGUGCGGGAAGAGUUUCAUACAAAAAGGAAGCCUUAUGGCACAUAUGAGAGUUCAUACUGGAGAGAAGCCAUUCACAUGUGAUCAAUGUGGAAAUAGUUUUGCACACUUAGCAAACCUUAAGGUACACCUGAACAUCCACACUGGAGAGAAACCUUAUAAGUGUUCACACUGUGACAAAAGAUUCAUUCAGUUUGGUACCCUGAAAACCCAUGAGAGGAUCCACACCGGAGAGAAACCGUAUCACUGCACUGCAUGUGGGAAGUGUUUCAAUCAUUCAUCUGCUCUACAAAGUCAUACAAAAAACAAUCACAAGUUGAUUGAAGUAAAAGAGGAGAAUGAAGAAUCAAGUGAAGCUGAGGAGAAAAAUCAUGUCAAAACUGGAAAACUUUUGAGUUGCUCUCAAACCAAACAGAAAAACUUUAAGAAAAGAAGAGCCAGGAAAUCUUUCAUUUGCACUCAGUGUGGAAAGAGUUUGACACACAAAACAAGUCUUGAGCAUCACAUGAGAGUUCAUGAAGGAGAGAAGCCGUUCACUUGUGAUCAGCGUGGGAAAAGUUUUACACAAUCAGAAAAUUUUAAUAAACACAUGAACGUCCACACUGGAGAAAAACCUUACAAGUGUUUACACUGUCACAAGACAUUUAGUCGGUCAUCAAAUCUGAAAACACAUGAGAGGAUCCACACUGGGGAGAAACCUUUUAAGUGUUCACACUGCAACAAGAGAUUCAUUAAGCCAGGAGACCUGAAAAGACACGAGAGGAUCCACACUAGAGAAAAACCUUAUGAGUGUUCACACUGUGACAAAAGAUUUAGUCAGUCAGCACAUCUGAAAACACACGAGAGGAUCCACACUGGAGAGAAACCGUAUCACUGCACUGAAUGUGGGAAGUGUUUCAAUAAUUCAUCUGCUCUACACAUUCAUACAAAAAAAUAUCACAUUAAGGCUUCAUGCACAUGGAGACACAUUUAGCUAGAUACUUGAAUAUAUUUUGUAACUUAUUGGUAUUUCAUCCAGAAGUAUCCAACAUUUUAGGAGCCUGAAACUGCUAUUUUUAGAGUGGAUAAAUCUGAAAAUGACAGCUUUGAACCAGAUUCAACUGUGAGAUUCAGAUCAACUCAAAAAUGGAGUUUCUUUGCCAAAGAACAAUGUCAAAAAGUUUUUUUAUAUAUCAUUUUGAUUCAUGAUAUAAAUUAUAUCAAGGUUCUUUCUUAUGAGUUUCAUAUUGAUCUUGUUCAGGAAACUGAAGAAGAGGUUGUAACACUUAAGUGAGACUUAGAAUUAUUUUUAAUAUUGUUCUUCACUGUUGCUUUUAAAAUGACUAGUUAUUUUUCCACUUGUGAUGUAUUUAGGAAAUGCAGAUGCAAGAUAUACUGUCAUGUAGCUUUGCAGCUGAUGUGUCUGAGCUUCUCUUGCAUUAGGAAUGAAUAACCAGUAUUAAAACAGUAUUGAU